AUGAGCACCCAGAGCCGCCAAAAGUAUACCGCUGGCGUGGAGGCCGCUAUUGACCGCCUGAUCAACAUGCAUCUGCAGGCCUCCUACACCUACCUCUCUCUGAGCUUCUAUUUCGAAGGCGACGAAGUGGCUCUCAAGGGCGUGGGCCACUUCUUUCGCAAGCUGGCUGAAGAGAAAUGCGAGGGUGCCAAGCAUCUUUUGAUGCAGAACCAGCGCAGCAGCUGCGGCCUCUUCCAAGAUGAGCAGAAGCUGCUCCGAGAUGAGUGGAGUGGCAGCCUGGCCGCCAUGGAAGCCGCCCUGGCCUUGGAGAAGAACCUGAACCAGGCCUUUUUGGAUCUGCAUGCCCUAGGUUCAGCCAACACAGAUCCCAAUCUCUGUGAUUUUCUGGAAAAGCACUUCCUAGACCGAGAGGUGAAACUCAUCAAGAAGAUGGGCAACUACUUGACCAACCUCUGCAGGCUGGCCAGCCGCCAGGCCGGGCUGGUGGAGUAUCUCUUCAGAAGGCUCAAGGACGACUGGGAGCUUCCAGAGCCCAGCAACCUUUGAGGUGCCCCUCUGCAUUCUUCUGGCUUCGGGAUUUCGGCCUGAGCUUCUCAACAUCCAGAAGUACUCACCAAGCCAUGGACCAAAUGGAAACAAUAAAAGGUUCUUUUUGCAAAAUUUUUUUUAAAAAAUGCUAGGCUGAGAGGGAAAAAAAU